AUGCCUGGCCUCUUCGAGACCUCGAGUCGCGUCUGCGGGGUGUGCACGCGCCAGUACGCCAAGUACAAGUGCCCGCGCUGCGCUGUCGCGUACUGCUGCCUCGCCUGCUACCGCAGCCACUCUGAGGGCUGUGCCGAGGGAUUCUACGAGGAGGAGGCCACCCGCGUGCUGCGAGAGACCCGGGCCACGCCCGAGCAGCGCUCGGAGAUGCUGCAGACGCUCCGCCGCUUUGAGGGCGAGUACGGCGAUGGGCGGGCUCUUGGCGGUGGCGGCGGUGGCGGCAUACCGGAUGACGGCGAGGGGAGCGAGGAUGACGGCCUCGACGCGGUUGCGAGCGGCGACGAGGAGGGCGAGCUGGACGAGCCGGCGCGGAUGGCGCUGGUGCAGCUGCUUUCGGCCGCGAGCCUGCAGGGCGAGGGCGAGGGCGAGGGCGACCCCGCCGGAGGGCCGCUGCUCGACGAGGCGAGCCUGCUGAGCGAGGCGGGCCGCGCCACCUUCCGCCGGCUCGUUGCAGACGGCUCGCUCGCGGCGCGGCUGCAGGCGGCCCCGGCAUGGUGGGAGCGUGUCCCUCCGGCUGCUGUCGUCGGGUCCGUGGCGGGCGGUUGGUGCGUCGCCGCCCCGGCGCCGAGGGUGGUGGAUGUGACGGACGAGGCCGCCGCCGAGGCGCCCGGGGCUCCGCCGCUGCCGGCGACGAUCCCGCCGCUGCGCUCGCUGACGAGCCGCGCCGUGCCCGCCGGGCUGCGCUACUCGCUGCUCGAGCAGCUCGUCGGCUACGCUUACGUCUACCGGCUGCACUGCGGCGCGCCAGAGGACGACCCGCUCUCUGCCGGCGCGGCGCUGCUCGCGCUGUGCGCCACUCUCUCGGGCAGCGUGCCGGGCGUGCACCCGACCGCCAGCGAGGCGCUGCUCCGGCUCGCCCUCUCCGCUGACGACCCCGCCGUCGCCACCUCCCCCGCCUUUGGCGCGCGUGCCGUCGCCGACGCAGAGACGCUGCUCGGAGACCCGGCGGGAGGGCGGGCGGCGAUGGCGCUCGCCGGGCUGGACGAGCUGCUCCGUGCCCUCGGAGAGCCCGAGCGGCGGGUGGUGUCCGAGGCGCUGCGCUUCGAGCUGCGCAAGGAGCUCGAGCGGAGGGAGGCGCUGCGCGUCGCGGCGGCGGGGCCGCAGACGGCGGCGGCCACGCUUAUCCGGCCGGUGGGUGAUAGUUGA